AUGUCCUCCCAACAAGAUGAUUGUAUGGUAAGUAAGCUAAUAAGGAAACCACAUUCGAUAUUUGGAGUAUGUUUAGAUUGUGGAAAGGAAAGAAGCGAUAUAGAAUGGUGUAAAGAUUGUGAAGUUAGUGCCUUAAAAGGAAAUUUUCGAAAAUGGACAAGUGGUAACCUUGACAUUGAUAAUUUUAUUCAAUACACACAAUCGAAUGCAACUGGAAUUGUAGAUUAUUUAGAAUAUAUUGAUAUUGAACAACUACAUUUUGUGGAAAAAGCAAAUCAAAGUGAUGUCACCACCACAAUUUAUUCAGCAAUUUGGAUAGAAGGACCCCGAUGGUUAUGGGAUAAAGACGCCGAAAAUUGGUCACGAAAUGGACCCACAAAAGUUGCUCUAAAAAAAAUUAAUAAUUCACCAUAUACACGUGAAGAUUACUUAAAACAAAACGGUGAAAACUUUUAUGGGGUAACCAAAGAUUAUAAUUCAAAUUAUAUGAAUACUUUAUUGGAAAGGUACCAUUGUAAUGCUUUGGCAGAUAUUGGGAAGAAUGGUCGACUUUCAUGA